CAGCAACGAACACUUGGACGUUCCUCAGCACACUUCUACUGCAAUGGAUCUCGGCACCUCAAAUAAUCUACAAGAUCAUAUUCGUUCAUUUUCCCUCUUGGGUUUCCAAGAGACCACUUCCAACAGCGCUGCUAUUUCUAUGCGAAAUGAGCUCACUAAAAUGGUUGGCAUGGUCAAGGAUCCUGUGCAGCAGAGACUUUUCAGGGCUGAGAUGGACGGCUUUUACUCUUUAUUCACUCGUUUCUUGGCCGAAAAGUCUCGUAAUGCCAAACUCAAUUGGAACGAAGUCAAAUCUCCUGGCAGCGACAAGAUCAUUCCUUACAAGACUCUUACUCCAACAACCCCUGAAACAUCCAAAUCCGCUUUAUCCAAGCUUGCCGUACUCAAGCUCAAUGGUGGUCUUGGAACCACAAUGGGUUGUGUUGGCCCAAAGAGCGCUAUUGAAGUCAGAGAUGGCAUGACCUUUCUUGACAUGACUGUGCGGCAGAUUGAGUAUUUGAACCAUGACAACAACGUCAAUGUUCCACUGAUUCUUAUGAAUUCGUUCAACACUGAUGAAGAAACAAAGCGUAUCAUUCAAAAAUACACAGGUCAGCAGCUCACCAUCAUGACUUACAAUCAGUCUCGUGUUCCUCGUAUCGAAAAGGAAUCUCUUUUACCUCUUGCAAAAGAUCCUGUUGGGAAAAGCGGGGACUGGUAUCCGCCUGGACACGGUGAUUUGUUCGAGUCUUUAGCCAACUCAGGCACUCUAGAUAAGCUGAUUGCCGAGGGAAAAGAGUAUCUUUUUAUUUCCAAUGUCGACAAUCUUGGUGCUACUGUUGAUCAGACCAUUCUUCAACAUCUCGUUGAAACUGGCGCUGAAUUCCUCAUGGAAGUAACAGACAAGACCAAGGCUGACAUCAAGGGCGGCACUCUUAUUGAGUAUGAGGGCUCUAUCCGGCUUCUUGAAAUUGCUCAGGUUUCUGCCGAGCAUGUCGAUGAUUUUAAAUCCGUCAAAAAAUUCAAAAUUUUUAAUACCAACAAUUUAUGGGUUAACCUUCGCGCCAUCAAGCGAGUCAUUGAGCACCAGGAAUUGUCGAUGGAGAUCAUUGUCAACAACAAAACUGCUGAUUCAGGUGAAAAGGUGAUUCAGCUCGAGACUGCCGUUGGUGCUGCCAUCAAGCAUUUUAAGGGUGCUCAUGGUAUUAACGUGCCUCGUACUCGCUUCUUACCCGUAAAAUCCACAUCCGAUCUUUUCCUCAUUACUUCGGAUCUUUACAAACUUAACCAUGGCGAGUUGAUUUUAAAUCCCAAACGCCUUUUUGGCACAGUUCCCAUUGUCAAGCUGGGUGACCAUUUUAAGAAAGUGCAGCACUUUUUAUCUCGCUUUCAAUCUCCACCACACAUUCUUGAACUGGAUCACUUGACUGUCACGGGUGAUGUUACGUUUGGCACUGAUGUUAUUUUAUCUGGCACAGUGAUUAUUGUUGCCAACCAUGGCAACAGAAUUGACAUUCCAUCUGGCGCCAUUUUGCAUGACAAGGUUGUUUCUGGAAACAUGAGAAUUCUUGAUCAUUAAAUUUCAUUUUCUGUUAAAU